CGUAAAAGACUCUCUCCUGCUCCCUCCAGUCCGUGUGAUCCAGACCGUUUUUUUCUUCCGGUAGGGCUGAGUGGACAGUGACUUUGUCCAGCCUGUUAGAGCAAGCAGGCAUGGUUUUCGCAUCCCUGACCACACAAGGAUCGGGGUGGUCUUCUGGGCUGGGGAUGCAGGGGAGAAAGUGGGCAAUUGGAGGCUAGGAUCCCGCCCUGAGUUUGCUUUCAGUUGGGAGACAGAAGCUGGAGAUCAUCUCAGCCUACCAUGGAUUUGGGGUUGGUCCUGCUGAUGCUUCCUACUCUCUGCCUUUGGGGACAAGCCACUUCAGAACCGGCCAACCUUUGCUCCACAGCCCCUUGCCAGAACGGAGGGACCUGCAGAGACCUGGAAGGUGGCUACCAAUGUUUGUGUGCCCACAGUCCCCUGGCUUACGUGGGAAGAAACUGUGAGUUGCUAGCUGAGCCGUGUGAUGAACACCCUUGUCCACCUGAGUGGAGUUGCAGUGGCACACCUGGAUACCUGAAUUACACUUGCCACUGUGGGUCCAGUUUGGCAGAUGUCUCUUGCAGAUCCCACGAGGAUGAGUGCAAGACUAAGCCUUGCCCUCAGCCUGGCUUUGUGUGUGUCAACCUCCAGGAUGGGUAUGGCUGUCACUGCCCAAGUGGAAACAUCUGUCCAUCGAGGUCUUCCAUUUGUUCAAGUCAACUUUGCAACAAUGGCACCUGCCUUGAGGAUGGAGGGACGUACACCUGCCAGUGCCCGCCGGGACUCACUGGUGCUCACUGCGAGGGGGAGGUAGACGAGUGUGCCUCCAACCCUUGUCAGAACGGAGCCAUCUGCCUCGACCGAGUCAACGAGUAUAGUUGCUUUUGCGUGCCGGGAUUUCAGGGCUACCGCUGCGAAAUGGACAUCAACGAAUGCGCUUCCCAACCUUGUCAACACAACGGCACCUGCCUCAACCAGAUAGACCAUUACGUCUGCCAGUGUCUGCCUGGCUACACAGGUGUGAACUGUGAUGUGGAGGUCAACGAGUGUGAAUCAAGUCCCUGUUGGCACGGUGGCACCUGUUUGGACCAUAUUGGGUUCUUCACUUGUUCCUGCCUGCCGGGCUACGAAGGAACCCAGUGCGAAGUGGAUAUUGAUGAAUGCCACAGCCAGCCUUGUCUGAACGGAGCUAUCUGCCAGGACCUAAUCAAUGGCUACCAGUGUGACUGUCAUAACACUGGCUUUGAAGGACAACAUUGUGAGUCGGACAUCUUGGAGUGUGCUUCACAACCUUGUCAGAAUGGGGCCCCUUGCUUGGAAGGAGCUGGAUUUUACAACUGUUCUUGCUGGCCAGGGUACGUAGGAACCCACUGCGAAGAAGACCUAAACGAGUGUUGGGCGCAUCCGUGUCUCAACGAUGGAGAAUGCCUCGAACGGUCCAAUCAGACCUACUAUGGGAGACACAUGGAUUUCCCCGAGCAAUUUAGCUACCGAGCAGCUGCUGGUUUCAUCUGCAGUUGUCACCCUGGUUUUGAGGGCGAAACCUGCUCCAUCAACACCGAUGAAUGCGAAUCUCAGCCGUGUCAAAAUGGAGGAAGCUGCUUGGACUUGGUGAACAGCUACCGGUGUGACUGCUUACCUGGAUAUUCAGGGACCGAGUGUGCCAAUGAGAUAGACGAAUGCCAAGACCACCCUUGUGAAAACGGAGGGAUCUGUGAAGACAGCAUCGCCGACUAUAUCUGCCAUUGCACCCACAACCCAGAUGGCACAGCCUGGGGCGGGAAGAACUGCUCUGUGGAGCUCACUGGGUGCGAGACUCACAACUGCCAAAAUGGGGCAUUGUGUGUCCCCACCUUCCAAUCAGAGGUCCACGGCUACCUGUGCCAGUGUCCUCCUGGAUUUUAUGGGCCCACUUGCUCCACACCAACCACCUUCUCGCUCACAGACAAUGGCUACCUCUUAAUCAACACCUCUGCAGAUGGUAAGAACACAAGUGGUCGUGGAGCCAGUGUGGCUCUCCGGUUCCGGACCACCCUGCUCAACGGCCUCCUUUUCUACCGAGGCCACCAAACGGGGCAUCUGCUUCUGGAACUCUACGCUGGCCUUCUACAGGUGAUGCUCUUGACCCAGGAGGUCAAUGUCUCUUUCACCCUGGAGGCACCACCGGUGAAUGAUGGCCACUGGCACAAAGCAGAAGUCUCUCUGCAAGAGUCUCUUGAAUUCAGACUGUGGCAUGAAGCUUGCCAAGGUGGCGUCUGCCACUUCAGCCAUCCCCUUGGCGAGACCAAAGCCGUUUCUCUUUUGCCCUCAUUUCUGAAUAUAUAUGUUGGAGGCGUUGAGGAGACGUUAAUGAUCAACUGCACAGGACAAUUCACCGGUUGCCUGGAAGACUUGCAGAUUGACUCCAAAAUAUUCUUACCCGAGAAGGUCGAAGGGCUACAGCUUCCUGGAUUUCAGCUGGGCUGCAAGAGAACGGAGUGGUGUCAAUCUCAGCCUUGUUCCCACGGUGGUCAGUGCGUUGACUUCUGGACGGACUUCCAUUGUCGCUGUUCUCGGCCUUACGAAGGCCACACUUGUGCCUAUGAAUCUCCUGCAGCAACAUUUGGCCAGGACAAUUCUUCUAGCUUUGCCACCUUUGAGAUUCCCGACAGACUCGGCCCAAAUUUUAACCUCUCCUUUUUUAUCCGGACACGGAAGGCCAGUGGCCUCAUAUUCCAGAUCGGCAACGGAAGCGAUGUUUUCCUUACGGUAUAUUUGAAGGACGGGAAGCUCCAGAUCGAGGCACCAUCUGCCGCUUCAGUGGGAUCUUCUGGAAAUCUGGCCGAUGGCACCAGGCACUUUGUGGUGCUCUCCUUCCAAGAGGGCCUUGCUCGGGCCAGCCUGUUAAACCGAGAAGAAGAGCUGGGAGAUCUGGCCGUCAGCCUUCUUGACGCUAAUCUUGAGGUUCAUGUCGGUGGGCUCCCCCACCAAGAAAACCUGGACCCCUGGGGAGGACCUUUUAAAGGCUGCCUGCAGGACAUCCAACUCAACCACCGCCAGAUGCAGUUUUUCCCUCCUCCAGAUAAUGACAGCUUUCCACAGGACGCUUAUGUGGGGCGAAACCAGAACGUGGUUCCAGAAUGCCUGUCAGAUAAUGCCUGCAAGGAGAAAGAUCUGGAGAACAAGGCUAAGGAGAGCCAGCAAGGUGAGUCUUCUCCUUGCCUCAACAGUGGUCUCUGUACGGUCACCUGGAAUGACUUUAACUGCAGUUGCCCACCCAACUUUACCGGAAAAUGUUGUGAGGAGAAAGUCUGGUGCCAAAGCGAUUUGUGUCCCCUGCCUACCACUUGCGUGGAUGUCCCCUCUGGUUAUAUUUGUCUGGCCAAUGCCACAUUUGAUGAGCGUGACGCAGUUGAAUUCACAGCAAAUAUGUCCGUCACCAAAGCUCUUCAUAGCCUCCGCCUGGACUUCAGGACACGGGACGAUGACGCCGUCUUGAUACGAGCCGUAGAGGAAAUAGAUUCUCUUCUGGUGGCUAUUCAAAACUCUUCGCUCCUGGUUGAAAUCCGGAGUGGGAAUGGCGUUGAGGGAGUAAACUUUCUCAGGCCGAUGCCCAUCUCUGAUGGCUCCUGGCACACCCUCUUUUUGACCAUGGAAGAGCCUUCAGCCUAUUCAUCAAGGUGGCACCUCCAACUGGAUGAUUCCACCAAUACAACACUCCUGGGCAAUGCGGGCAGCCUGGAUUUCUUAAAAAGCAACACGUUGAUUGUCUUGGCUGAAAACUUCACGGGCUGCCUUGGACAUGUAGACAUUGGGGGGCUGUUUUUACCCCUGGCCAGCCAGCUUCUUUACCCACAGCCGGAACAAUUCAUGCAGGUGACCAGCAAGCCCAUCCUUCUGGGCUGCCAAGGAGCAGACAUCUGUUCUUCCAAUCCCUGUCAUCAUGCAGCCUCCUGCUUGGACCUCUUCAAUGCCUUCAGUUGUGCCUGCCAGCCUGAGUGGGAAGGGCCACUGUGUGAGACCAACACGGAUGACUGCAAAUCCAGCCCGUGUCUUCACGGGGAGUGUGUGGACCUAGUGGGAGACUUCCAGUGCACCUGUCAUAAGGGUUUCAUUGGGAAGCGUUGCCACAUCAAUGUAGAUGACUGUGUGAGGCACCAGUGCCAAAAUGGAGGGAUAUGUGUGGACGAAGUCUACAGCUACACCUGCAAAUGCCCGCCGGAAUACUCUGGCCCUCUGUGCGAGUGGCCCUUCCCUCCUGAACAAUGUGGGAAGAACUUCACCUGUUUGAACGGUGGAAAAUGUACGAGUGGCCCCUGGGGAGCCAACUGCAGCUGCAAGACCGGCUACGCGGGAGAGAAAUGCCAGAUCAACAUCAGUGACUGUGACCCCAACCCUUGCAAAAACGGGGGGACGUGUCAGCGCUCCACGAAUCGGUUCUGGUGUAUAUGCGGUGCCAACUACGCUGGAGAAUAUUGCGAUGUUAGCAGAGGGGGUCUCCCAGGCCCUGCCUUCCCUUUCCCCUUGGUCGAAGUGGCGGUGCCGGUUGUCUGCAGCUGUUUGUUUCUUCUUGUCAUCAUCCUUGUCCUGAUGGUCCUCACUGCCCGGAAGCGGCGCCAGUCCGAGGGAACCUACAGCCCGAGCCAGCAGGAAGUGGCUGGAGCUCGCCUAGAGAUGGACAAUGUACUCAAAGUCCCACCAGAAGAACGUUUAAUAUAAGCAAUGAGGGGACUUCAUAAAGUUGGCACUUGGGAGUGUGAGCAGAGAUCUCCGCGUCUCCUUCCAAAAGAUCAGGAAGGCAGUGGAGUUACACGCCCAUUGAGUGGCUGCCCACCUGUGCAUCUGGGACCUGUGAGGACCGUUACGUCUGCCUUGUGGGUUCCUCUCUGCCAGUGGCAGCAGCUGGCUUCUCAAUCCUACUACACCUGCCCACUCCGCCUUGGAGGUGCUGUUCCAACCCAACAGGCUGCCGUGGCAAGUUGCUGUGAGAAGGACGAUCAUCCACAGACUUCUGAGCAUCAACCAACCUACAAGAGAAUCAGCAUGGAAGCCCUGCUUCGCUCCUCGGUGUGGUUUAAAGGUGGCUAUCUUUGUGAUGGCCUCCAGGGUGGGUUACAAAGCGGUCAUGUUGGGUUGUAGGACGUCCUCACAGGUCCUGCUGGUUUAAGAGGGUUGUGAUGGUUCUGCUUUUGGCCUGGGAGGAAGGAUUCAGAGGUAGGGAUAGGACUUCCUAAAUUGUCAGGGUUGGCUAGAACAAGAGGCCCGACAAAGAUACAAUAGCUGGGCAAAUGCACUUCCUUUGACAUCUGAAGCCUAUUAUUAGAUGGGUGCAUUGCCUAUAGGACAGCUCUAGGGGGAUCUCAUUAACAGUACUCCGUUAUAAAUGACCACGUUAUGGACAAGGCUUACAAGGAACGUCUCCAGUGCUGCUCCAAAUGGUCAGGAACAUCUUGACCUAUCCUGGUGGCCAUCACUGAGGCCAUGUCAGUAGGUCCAUGCUUCUUGGAGCAGUUGGUCCAUGCUUCUUGGAGCAGUUGGAGCUACUCAGCUGCUUCUCACCACAUCAGACAUCUCAGGUGUGGCCAUAAAGGAAUGGACUACUUGAGAAGCCAACAAAUGAAGCCACCAGGAGACCACAGGGUGUGUGCUGAGAUGCUGAACGUCAACGCUGCCUCUGAUAAGCUGAAGGCCAGUUGAUAAGAGUUAUGUCCAAACUCUGUGCCCCAGCUACUGUAGGGACCAAUGUCCUCUGGGCCGUGCCUGCAGCCAUACCAGUUGGCCAGAAGCUCAGAACUGUAGGGCUUUGGUAUUGCAUAACAAUCCAGCAUGGCUGAAUGUAAACUAGCUGUGAGGAUACGAAGGAAAAAGCUCCAGGACUGGGUGAAGUGUGUUGUUUUGGACUGUGAAAGGCUGAGCAGCUCGUGACGGGGAACUCAACACAAACGGCACGCUAUUCAUUAGUCCCCCAGCAGCUGCGAGACAGAAGAGGUGAGCAACAAAAACUGUUUAACCUCAAUAACACACCACAAAAAGUCCAAAAUCCUCUCUGUCUCCCACAGAACAAAUAUUUCCUUGUCAUUACCCGUUGGGAGAGAGUCAAGUACCUCCAAUUUCUGUGACCUCCUCAGGUACAAUACAGCAUCCUAAAGUGCCUUGUAAACAAACCACUUGAAACAGCAUUAACUGAAGACCCCUCAGCUUCACUUCACCCCCCGCCCUUCAGUUAUAAUUUUCGAUACACGUAGGAACGAUUGCACUCCAAGAACACAAGAGCUAUCUUCUUCCAGAGAAAGUUCAGAUUUCUACGCUGAAAUGUAGCAGAUAGAAGUUUAAUUCUUGCUGUCAAAGACCCCUCCUUAGUGCAGGUUGACACAUAAGCCCUUUCGUUGUUUCCCUCCUUCCUCCUUGAUGCAUCCACAGGACAUCCAAGGAGCUAUGUAAAGAUGUGGUGGCACCUCUGCUCUCUCUUCUUCUCCUGUCCUCCAUGAAGCAACCACAGAACCCCGAUUGAAGAAAGUACACCUCAUGCUAUGGCUUAACAACUGUGGGCAUGUUCGUGCCCAUGACUACGAAGAACAGGGAGAAAUAUUUUCAGACACACUACAUACACCCUAAAAUUUAAACCUGGCUUAGUCAGGGGAGGGGUGGGUUCCCACAGCUGGCUGCAGAAGGAGAAAGCUGUUGGGUUCCUCCUGAGGUCGUGUUGUGGGACCACUGUUGAGAAUAUUUCAGGUGUACAAAUCCAAAGGAAAUUGUUCCCCCAAGAGGCCAGUGUGGUAUUUCAACCCCUAUCUCAGACAUAGAUAAUAAUAAUAAAGUUGGAAAGGACCUUGGAGGUCAUCUAGUCCAACCCCCUGCUCAGGCAGGAAACCCUAUACCAUUUCAGACAAAGGGCUGUCCAGUCUCUUCUUAAAAACUUCCAG